CGCGUGGCUCGUCCCGCUCGUCCCCGCGCGCGCGCACACGCACACGCACACACGCACCUGCCCUCCGCCCGUCUCCGCACCCGCCAGCCCGGCUCCCCGCGUCCUCACUCGCUCCCGACCCGAACCGUCGAGCCGCAGGCGCCAUGGAGGUGCAGAAGGAAGCGCAGCGCAUCAUGACCCUGUCGGUGUGGAAGAUGUACCACUCGCGCCUGCAGCGCGGCGGCCUGCGUCUGCACCGCAGCCUCCAGCUGUCGCUGGUCAUGCGCAGCGCCCGCGAGCUCUACCUCUCGGCUAAGGUGGAGGCCCAGGAGCCCGAGGUGGCCGGCCGCCCCUCCGACCCGCGCCUGCUGCUGCUCGCCUCGCCUCCAGCCACAGAAGCAGCAGCAGCAGCAGCAGCAGCAGCGGCGGGCACGGCCGAGGCGGCGCCCCCCGACGGAGAGCCGCCGUCCCCCGAGCCCAUGGACACCGAGGACAACAAGGAGGAGGAGGCGGCCCCUCGCCCUGCCCGGGCCAGCCGCAAGAGACGGAGUAGCAGCCGCCUGAACGACGGCGGACUGGUUCCCAGCAAGAAAGCGCGCCUGGAGGAGGAGGAGGAGGAAGAAGAAGAGGAGGAGGAGGAAGGCAUGGAAGAAGAGGCGGCCGCGCGUCUCCAGCCCGCAGCCCCGGCCGAGGGCGCCUUCCCCAACCUGGCGCGCGUCCUGCAGCGCAGCUUCUCGGGCCUCCUGCACCGCAGCCCCGGCGGCCCCCCGACGGCCGCGCCCGCCCCGUGCGAGGCCACGCCGGCCUGCCGCCCGCCGGACUCGAUGCUCAACGUGCUGGUGCGCGCCGUGGUGGCCUUCUGAAGGACCCGAGCCGCCGUCGCCACCGCCGCUGCUGCUGCUGCUGCUGCUGCCUGCCGGAGACCGUGGGGACCCGUGUCGUCGGGGGGUCCGCAGACGACGCCCCCCCCCCACUCCACCACCAGCACACACACACACUCGGCACCCCCGAGGGUGCGGGGCAGGGGGCCACCCCGCGUGAGGAGCCGCCGGCCGGAGCGCAGAGGGGGAAAGAGCCCGAGCCGGGCACGGGCGCUUUGCGCCAUCACAGGUGCUACCUUUGCGAGGACUGGGCCGCGGGCCCGAACCUCCUGGAUCCCGAGUUAGACCGCAGGACUUGGUUCCGAUUGUUUGUUUUUUUUUAUAUAUAUAUAUGUGUGUAUGUACACUUGUUUAUUUUCUCAGGGCCGGACUUGGAUCAUGUUUCAUUUUUCAACGGGGCCGGAGGCUGUGUCGCCGUCCCUUCCCAAGGCUUCUUGUGCAAGAGUCGGUGCGUGCGAAGCCGGAGCGGAGAUGGGUGACCCCCUCCCUCCCUUCCUCCACCAGUUCGGCGACCGAACUUUUGUGCAAGCGGUCAUCGUUGCGUCAUGCGGCGCUUCCUGUGGCUCGGCGUGGGCGUGGGGCCUGGAGAGGAGGUUCUUCUGUCUGGGGUGUGUGAGCAAGGACCCGCCCUGGUGGGGUCGGGGGCGAGGGUCGCUGAACCCCCCAGCCCCGCGGGAGUGCCCUGUACUGCCUCGUGGGACGCUGGGCACAGGCUCGACUUUGGGGAAGCCCAGUUUGCUGGCCAGGCUGGGCCGGUUGUGGGAUUUCGGGGAGGGUGGAAGACGGAAGGGGGCACGCGGGAGUUUCCAAAGUGUCUAUUUACUUUUUUUUUUUUUUUUACUUUUUUUCCCCUCCCGCUGUUGGUGGGUUUGGUUUUUCAUGCCGUCUUAGAGACUUGAUGUUUUGUGAACAAGGUCAGAAAAAUAAAAGCUGAUUAUUGGAGUCGA